AUGUCGAGUGAGGUUGAAGUGGCCAACCGAAUCAGGGCAGGCCUCAUUGGGAUCGCGACGUUGGCUUGCAUCCGGCCACCUUCUUCUUUUGGCCUAGUACACUUUUGCUCUAUUUCGUCAAGUAUGAAAUCUUGCUCUUAUGGCGUCUGCCACGAGGGUACAGACGAAAGCUCUGUGCAGGUUAUUCGGGGUGGCAGGACGGUGAGUCGAAGCCUUAUUGGCACAAUUCAACAGCCUUCCCUUCGCGACAAUUCUCCUUCGGUUUCCGGUGAGACGACAUGA